AUGGCCGCGUUCGACGCCCUCGACGUCGAGACCAAGGUCCUCGCGGCCCUCGGGUCGUCGGCGACGCUCGACAGUUACGCCCUGAGCGCGACCCUGGGCGUCGACCACCAGGCCCUCCUCGGCGUCGUCAAGAGCCUCUGGGCCGACGGCUACGUGACCAUGGACCAGGCGUCGACGUCCUGGCUCUGCGCGACGAACGAGGGCGCCGGCAUCGCCAAGGACGGGUCGCCCGAGUACCGCGUCUACGCCGCGGUCGACGCCGCGGGCGGGUCGCUGCCGCUCUCGUCCUUGGAGGCCGCCGUCGGCAAGGACGCCGCGAAGAUCGGCCUCGGCGCCGCGAUGCGCGAGAAGUGGCUGAGCAAGGGCAAGGGCGCCGACGGCGCGCCCGUGCUCGCCGUCGCCAAGGCGGGGGUCGCGGACGCGACGCGCGCGGCGCUGGAGCCGUUCGUCGGCGCGGACUCGCCGGGCUCCGCGCCCGACAAGCUCGCCGACGCCAACGUCGAGAAGCAGCUCAUGCGCCGCAAGCUCCUGGCCCGCCACACGAUGAAGCACUUCGCCAUCGCGAAGGGCGCGUCCUACGCGGCGACGCGGACGAAGAAGGAGGCGGAUUUUACGGUGGACAUGCUCCGCGACGGCUCGUGGAAAACGGCCUCCUUCAAGGACUACAAUUACGCCGCCGUCGGCGCGCCCGUGGGCGGCGGCUACGUCCAGCCUCUAUUGAAGGUGCGCGCCGAGUUCCGGAAGAUCCUCAUGGGCAUGGGCUUCGAGGAGAUGCCGACGGCCAAGUGGGUCGAGUCGUCGUUCUGGAACUUCGACGCGCUCUUCCAGCCCCAGAGCCACCCGGCGCGCGACGCCCACGACACCUUCUUCGUCAAGGAGCCCGCGGAGACGGUGAAGUGGCCGGCGGACUACUACGACCGCGUCAAGGAGAUGCACGUCUCCGGCGGCGCCGGCUCCAUCGGCCACAAGUGCGACUUCAAGGAGGGCGAGGCGCGCAAGAACCUCCUGCGGACCCACACGACGGCCGUGUCCGCGCGCAUGCUCCACGCCCUGGCGAACCAGCCCGGCGGCUUCAAGCCCGCCAAGUACUUCUCCAUCGACCGCGUCUUCCGCAACGAGACGAUGGAUUCGACGCACCUCUGCGAGUUCCACCAGGUCGAGGGCCUCAUCGCCGACUACGACCUGUCCCUGGGCAACCUCAAGUGCGUCAUCCGCACCUUCUUCGAGGCCAUCGGCAUCACGCAGCUCCGCUUCAAGCCCGCGUUCAACCCCUACACGGAGCCGUCCAUGGAGGUCUUCGGCUACCACCCGGACCUCAAGAAGUGGACGGAGAUCGGCAACAGCGGCAUGUUCCGCCCGGAGAUGCUCGCGCCCAUGGGCUUCCCGCCCAACGCCCGCGUCAUCGCCUGGGGCCUCUCCCUCGAGCGGCCGACGAUGAUCAAGUACCGCAUCGCGAACAUCCGCGACCUCUUCGGCCACAAGGCCGACCUCGGCCGCACGCAGGCCGCGCCCAUCUGCAUGUUCCCCUAG